AUGCCAGCUAUGCAAUCAACUGCUUUACCGUCUCCUCUUGUACGUACUUCGCCAGCUAGACGUGGAAAUACAGAGCACAACACACGCUUGGCAACUCCUCGUCCUACCUCGUCUCAUGUAAUCAGUUCUUCUGACUCAGAAGAUGAACCUUUGUUGAAUCCACGUCGACUGCACCAACUGCAACAACAACAGCAAUCGCAACCACAACCACGACCACAGCUACGACCAUCCCUGCCUAAGGAAGACGACAAUGAUUGGGCGAGGCAGCACGAUGCGGAACUCAACGAAUAUUUGACAGUAGUCGGUUGGUAUCGAGCUAGACGAACAAGAUAA